AUGGACCGCAUGGAUCGUGUUGUGACGCUGCGACGCCGUCAUCGGCUGUUUCUCGCGCUCUCGUUGUCACGGCAGCGAGUCUACCGAGACCGUGAAAAUCCUUUGGAAUGUCUAGACGACGGUGAGCUGCAACGGCGGUUCCGCUUUACGAGGGAUGGAAUAUUUUUCAUUACGUCCCUCGUUGCUCUCGACAUCGAGCCUGCGACCCGUCGGAGCCAGUCCCUCCCGUCGUCGUUACAAGUGCUACUGACAUUGCAGUUCCUCGCUACUGGGAACUUUCUCAUCACAGCGGGUGACGUGGUCAACGUGCACGAAGCAACAGCCUGUCGUGUAGUGCACCGCGUCGUUGCAGCGCUGUGCAAGAGGGUCGGAAAGUUCGUCCGGUGGCCAAGAGGUGAGGAGAUAGCAAGGGCCCAACACCAGUUUUAUCAGCUGGCCAGUUUUCCUGGGGUUGUGGGAGCAGUGGACGGCACCCAUGUUCGCAUCCAGGCACCGUCAGCACACGAGACAGCUUUCGUCAACCGCAAGAACUACCACUCCAUAAAUGUUCAGCUCAUUGCGGGUGCUGACUGUAAGAUCUUGGACGUGGUUGCGAACUGGCCCGGUGCCACCCAUGACUCUAGGAUACUGCGUGAAAGCACCAUUGGGAGGGAGCUGGAAGCUGGAGUCCACACUGGGCUUCUUCUUGGUGACAGCGGGUACCCCUGCAAACGCUGGCUGAUGACACCGUUUCUCCAGCCCCGAAACAGAGCACAAGAGAAGUACAAUGCUUCACACUCGACAACACGGGCUUUGGUAGAGCGGACAAUUGGUCAGCUGAAAAGGAGGUUCCACUGCCUUCACAGUGAGCUGCGAGUGCUAACAAAGCAUACCUGUCCUAUCAUCGUGGCAUGCUGUGUCCUUCACAACAUAGCCAAAGAUUUCGGCAGUGAAGUGCAGGAGGCAGACAGCGACAAUGAUCACGACCCCGAUUACGACCCCCAGCUGGUGUCCAGUUAUGAAGGACGUCAGGACGGCUUCAUGUACAGAGAUGCCAUCGUACGUCAGCAUUUCACAUGA